AUGGAUCGUUUGGUCAAAGAUGUUAAAUCCUACGGGAUAUGGGAAUUCUUAAGAAAUUCCUUGAGCUCUAAAUUAAGAAAUGUCGUGUAUGCAGCUUGUGAGGCCUCAGUUAGGAGAGACUUGUGGGUGGGUCUUCACCACAUUUCGCUCUCCAUAGAUGAUUCUUGGCUAGUUGAGGGAGACUUUAAUAUCAUUGCACAUGAGGUUGAGCACACUGGUCAUAGUAGGCGAUAUAGUGGCUCUAGUGACUUCUCUAAUAUGAUGAUGGACUGUGGUUUAGAGGAUGCUGGUUUUACUGGGUCUAAAUUCACUUGGACAAAUGGUAGAGUUAGUAAAAGAUUGGAUAGAGUCUUAAGAAACUCAAUAGCUGUAGAUUUUUGCAAACAGCUUACUGUAGCGCAUCUCCAUUGUACCUCAUCUGAUCAUUCACCGCUACUUUUACAUUGGAUUUCUGAUGAAGAUUUAGCACCUAGACCUUUUCGGUUCCUAAAUGUAUGGACUAAGCAUCAUGGUUUCUUAGACUUCGUAUCUCAGAAGUGGUCACUCCCUACUCACUUGACAUGGACGACUGCUCUUUAG